ACACACACACACGCGCACACACACACUGAUGCCGUGGGAGUGUCAGUGACAGACUCAUCUUUAUUAAGUAUGGCUCGUCAGUUCUCAGAGCCCUCCUUCUUUCCCACCUCCUCCAUUUCUCUCCUUCUCUUUCUGUUCUCGCUCUUCACCACCAUCUGCUUAGCCCGAACACACACCAUACAGCAGACGGUGCAUCACACACACACACACACACACACACACAUGUGCUGCUCCAUCAUCCCUCUGUCCUUGCGUCUUUUUUCUCUCCUCUGACAUCAUUUCUUCUCUUGUCACUCUCAUUAUGAAAGCGCAGGAUUAAAAAGGAGACCUGCUCCCUCUUCUGUCGCUGGUUAUCCUUCUGGACUCUUUGUGUUUUUGGUAGAUCAGUGCUGAAGGAUGUUCGUGUCAGUGGCAGCAGUUCUCGGGGCGACCCUGGGAACCGUCUCUGGAGCGCUCACCCUCUGUGGCCUCUCGCUUCUCUGCAAGAACUGCAAGAAGAACAAAUGUGAACAGGAUGAGAGCGCUGACUCGGAGAGAGCAAAAGCCAGCAUCUUACACACUCUCACGCAGUUCAGUGUGCAGAAAUCUACUGAACCUAUUCAGCCACAGGCGCUGCUGAAGUUCCCCAAGAUCUACAAACCCAAACCAUCUGUCACAUCAUCUGAGGUUAUGAACUACAGUGAAGAUGCUGAGAAAGCUCUCGCUAAAUCAGACAGCCGUGACCAAGGAACAGAGAAGGAGAAGGAGGUCACUGAUCUCCAAUGGCAAGAUUCUACAGAUGAAACCCCGUGUGCUGUCGAACAAUCCGGUGCGAUUCCCAACAGUUGCUCUGUGCUGCAGCCCAAAUUGCACUUCUCCCUCCGUCUACACACCGAGAGCAGAGAGCUACACAUCACUAUUAUAGAGGCGGAGCAAGUAAACAUGGAGCCUGGUAAUGAGGGCUAUGUAUCAGGGUGUGUGAGUGUAUGUGGAGAACAGAGGUUAGCCCAGACAGCUGUACGCAAGCUAGCAUCCAGAGUGCAGUGGGGUGAGGCCAUGGUGUUCCCCCUGCCCAGGAGCUGUAGUAUAGAAAGCACAGAGAGCAUGGAAGGAGAAGUGGCUCUGACUUUACACAUCUGUGACCGGUUCUCCCGGAACACCACCCUGGGCACCGUGAGGUUCAAGCUGGCUGAUGUAGGCAUGAUGUCAGAUGCAGACUGCUGGGUCAACCUUCAGCCACCAAAACAGAUGGAAGUACGUUCGACGGGGGAGCUUCUGCUGUCGCUAAGCUACCUGCCUGCUGCAAACAGACUGGGGGUGGUGGUGAUGAAGGCCAGAGGACUGCAGUCUGAUAAACUUAAAGACACUAUCGACCUGUCAGUGAAGCUGACUCUGAAGCACCAGAGCACCAAGCUGAAGAAGAAGCAGACACGGCGCGUCAAGCACAAAAUCAACCCGGUGUGGAACGAGAUGAUGAUGCUAGAGCUCCCCAGAGAGCUCCUAACCAAAUCCAGCUUAGACCUGGAGGUUCUGAACCAGGCCAGCCCUGGCACUCUGCUCCCACUUGGCCGAUGUCAGCUCGGGGUCCAGUUCUCUGGCACUGGCCUCCAACACUGGCAGCAGAUGCUGGAUAAUCCACGCAAACAGAUCGCCAUGUGGCAUCCUCUGCAUGCUUAAAAUCAAUUCCUGACUUAUAUAUAAUGCAUAGAUAAAUGUUGUUUGUUUAUAUUUAUAAGUACUGCUCUAUUCCUGUCCAAUAAGAUCAACCGCUCAUCUGUUAUUGAUACUCAGUAGUCUCUUGAGUCUCAGUGCAUUCACAAGAUUUUGGAAGAAGCCCUUAUCUAGAAGCACUUACAAGUAUCUCAUCUACACAGCUGAGAAGGUGAGGGUCAAGACCGUAGCUCAAGGGGCCAGUAGUAGUGAAUCCAACAUCUUAACCACUGAGACACUUUCUACAGGGACAGUUAUAAUCAGAUACAGAUCAUUAUAGUGAUGAAUGUACAACCAUAUACAUAUAUGUAAAGAAGCAUAUCGAGCCUUGGUGCUUGUGUCGCGUCCCCCAGCACCGAUAUCAUGAAGUCUUGGGGCAGAUUAGAAUUUGAUUGGACUCAAUUUAGAUCUGGAGUGCUGCAAUUUGUCUCUGCUCUAAGUGAGGAAAAAAAUUAUCAAUGUACAAGAGGCCAGGGCUCAUUAACCUCCUAUUAACCUUUAAUUAACCUCCAAUUAACCUCCCAUUAAAAUCCCUGUCUCAUGGAGCAUAGCUCACUUUGAUUUAUUUAUUUAUUUAUUUAUUUAUUUAUUUAUUUAUUUAUUUAUUUAUUAUUACUAUUUAUUAUUAUUGUUGUUGUUGUUAAUAUAUUUUAAUAAUUUAAUGUAUCUAUUUAUUCUACAACUUAAUAAUAAUAAUAAUAAUAUAUAAUAAUAAUAAUAAUAAUAACCACAAUCCUUCUUUGUAUGUGUAAUAAUAAUAAUAAUAAUAAUGAUGUAUGAGUGUAAUAUUCCUCUGUCUUGUACACACACACAUGAAAUAAUACUGUGAUGAAUUUAUUUCUUGUUACAGUCUCCACAUCUUUCAUAAUCUGAUAGUUGCUCUCAUGACAGUGGUAAUUGUUAUGAAAUAUACUGUAUACACUGACGUGAUAAAAGUGCAAUAAGGUUUGAUUAGAUGCUGGUUUUACAGUAGAAUAGCUCCAAAUAUUCAUUAUUUAAAAAAAGUCCUGAUAAAUUCUCAAUGUUGGAAUGAAUGUAUGAUUAAUGGAAAUAUUUAUUUAUGAUAAAGCACGAUACAACAGAUGUGCAGGAAUAAAAAUGACUCUAUGACAUGUCACUUG